CGGGCUCAGAUGUUUUUUACCUGGCUGAGCGAACGGACGGCUCAGUCGGUCUAUUGUUUGGGUCGGUCGCGUCGAGUCUGUGUUGCCUUAGGGAAUUCAAUUGUAUAUCGUUUGGGUGAUCGCGUUUUGAAUGUGUUAUUGUGGAGAGGAAGCUAUUUUUCCCUAUAACUAGUUUUUGAAAAUUCACGAAUAAGUUGCAAAAGGUGCCUAAAGAAAUAUGUAACCGCUAAUCAUUGUUGUGUGUCGAGCCAAGACUCACAGGAGAGGGAAUAUUUUGAUUGGAUGUGAACCGAGCCCCAAAUCAAACAAAACUGAAUCCCAAACCUGUUGCUUUUACAGCAUCUAACAAAACAACCUAAGGCUGGCUGGAAAUCACGCAACUAUCCAACAGCAUGGACUGGAAAUAUAUACAUAUAUGGGGAGCUGGUGCAGAGUGUAGCACUUCUCGUGUCCAUCGCUUGGCUGGCUUCUGCGGCUGCGGCUGCUGUUGUUCAUGUAAUGCUUGCCACUGUUGCAGGUUUCGUCAUUUGCUCUUACAUCAAAGGCGUUUCGAUUAUGAGCAGCAGAAGAUUUCUGGCCAAGCAGAAACAAGGAAAAAAGAAGUCAAGUUAAAUGGGUAUUUGGGUCAUGGUUAACAGCGCACGAACCGCUCUCUGGUUUUCUGUUGUGGUUUUUGGUUCGUUUCGGCUCUGGCACGCGGUCGGGGUCUGGCUAGUUUCAGUCCAAGCUCACCGAUAAUCAGAUGCCCCAAAGAGUUGGUUAAUUCAAAUUAGGCCCGCUUCGGGGCCUGUGCCUGCGACUUUGACAGCAAAAGUUAAUAGAUUUAUUAACAGCUGCCUCGACAUGAGAAAAAUUAUCAAUCAUUCGGUAUAAUGAGAGCCGAGCCUCCUCUCCUUUUCCUCCUCUGGCAAACAAUAGCGUCCACCAUGACACGACGCAAGCUGCUAAUCUGCUGGGCAGCCCUCCAGGCGGGCUCAACAAUGAUUACAUGCCUGCUACUGCUGCUGACCACCUCACAGCCCGGCAAUCAGGUGGCGGCCGGAAUUGUGCCGCCACCCUGGAGUGAUCCGGCCACGAACCCCUGUGCCAGCAUGUCCGGGGGCUGGCAGCUUCUCUAUUGGACGCCGCUUAAGAAAUGCUUCAAGAUCUUCACUCUGGGCUAUCCCUGUCCCGACACCAUGGAGCUGAGUCCCACACCAAGUAAUGCCAAGCGCAAGGAUCUUCCUGCGGCCGAGUGCCGCUGCCCGCCAGGAACUGCUCUCAGUCCUCUGACCAGCUCCGUUUGUCACAAGCUUUACGAGCGGGGUCCGUGUCAGAGAACAGAAUAUUUCCACCCCCUACCAGAUCAGGCCAGGCGGACUGGCAACCGGUGGGGCACCUGCAAGCGUCCGUUGCAGUGCGUGGAUGGAAUGAUCUUUUGGCCGAGAGAUAACAAGUGCUAUGCCCGGCAUAGGCGUGGGCCCUGCAGCCGGGGAAAGUUGCUGGUGCGCAACGAGGAAGGGCUGGCCGAAUGCCGAUGCGAGGAUGCAGGCGAACUGGCCUUGUACUACUCCCCAGCGGAGGACUCUUGCCACGAGCACUAUACCAAAGGACCUUGCUCUACGCCUGGUCACAUUUUCAUGCCGGGUGGUCGGUGCGACUGCCAACAGCAUCUGCCACAAUACUAUGUCCCUCAGCAGAUGUGUUUCGAGCUCGAUACUCCGGGACCCUGUCCUCCUGGACACAUAUUUCGCAUACCCGACAAUACUGAGGUUGCGACAGGUGGCUCUUUGCAGCUUUUUCCUCGGGCCAAGUGCCUGUGCAAGGAAGGCUACGUGCCCUGGGCCGAUGGCAACUGCUAUCGUUUGUACACACGGGGACCGUGCGGUGCCAACGAGUUUCUAGUAAAUGCCACUUCCUGUGUGCACAAUUUUUGCGGUAAGAGUCGUCUGUACUUCCCGGCCGAGGACUCUUGCUAUCGUAUUGGCUCCCAGGGUCCGUGCUCCCUCUAUCAGGUGGUAAUCUUCGAUUUCACCGCACGCCCUUCGCUCGACGGCAUCUCCUUUAAUGGAAUGUGUGGCUGUGCGGGAGUGCUCACCAACUUGGACCAACACUGCUCAGGCUUGGGUUCGGACACCGACAAGGAGCAGAACAUCUGCGAGUCCACGCCUGGAAUGGUCGAGAGCAACGGCCAGUGCCACAAGCUGUACACUCGAGGACCCUGUGGGGCUGGCCAGUGGCUACAGCCACUCAAGACUCACUCACAGACGAAUACAGAGACUCUUGCCUACGCCAGUCGCGCCAAGUGCGUCUGCCGUCCUGGCUACACGCCAACGGAGGCGGACCAGAGGGGCCAGAGCAACUGCAGUGCUCGAAGCGUGAGCCUGGCGAGGUAUUUAACGAGAGAGCGACACAACUCAAAGUUCCUCAAUGAUCUACACACUGGUGGCUUUUAGACAUAUUCGGGUAACCUUUUCGAUGUUUUCGCAACCUCGGGGGAUGGGAUUGUGCCAUGAAGUUAUUAAAUCGACUUACAUAUGUAUGAGUUGUAUUUAAGAUAAAUCUCGAUAAGACAAUUAAAAUAAAUCAAGAUGAAAACUAAA